AUGCUAGCUUUCAAAAAUAGAAUAGAAUUAAAAGAAGAAGAAGAAAAAUUAUGUUUAUUAUCCUUCUCUAAAAACCAAAAAAUGUUAAAGAAUAUUAGAAUAUUUAUAUUAUCAAUCAUUGUAUUAUUAUCUUUAAAAUUAAAUGGCUAUGGAGAUUACAGUUAUGGAGGAGCGGUCAUGGCAUCCAAGUUGAUCCGAAUGACUGAAUGGAAUUUUAUAAAUGGACAACAACCAACACUAAAUAUCGAUCAAGAUGACAUUGUCAUUUGGUUUACAACCGAUAAUUUGAAUCAUACAGUAACACACGAUGCACCAGUUUAUGCCAGAGAAUUUGAUUCAGAGGAUCUAAAUUCCGAUCCACUCUAUCAAAAACCAGAUAAUUUUACACAUCAUUUCAAUACCAAUGGAACCUAUAGAUACUAUUGUAAACAUUAUCCAUCUCAAAUGUUUGGUAUGAUCUAUGUAUCAUAUAGAGAAUUGGGUGUACCUGACCCAAACCUUCAUGCCAACGAAACAGAGGCUCCAUCAAAUCAAAGUAGUGAUGGAGGUGUGGGUGGUGCCAACACAUCAGACCAUUCUUCAUCAUCAAGUACCAUAUCAAUAUCAAUAGCACUAUCACUAUUCUUUUUAAUCAUAUCAACUAUUUCUUAA